AUGGCGUUUUGUGAGAAGAAGCUGUUGCCCGCCCCACCCCCGCUAUGUCUGCAAAACCCACUAAAUGGAGGUGCAAAAGCAAACAGACACUACUUCCCUCAACCCACCCACCUGCAAAAAGAAAAGGGGGUAGAAUUUCCCGUGUUAGAAGCAGUCGUGUCUUCUCACCAGGGGCAUGUUGGUCUGGAUCCCCUUCCCGGCCAAAUGCCAGAGCAUCCCCCACCCCAGGUCCCAGAGGACGCGCAGCCCAAUCUCUCCCUCCCUUUCCAACGUCCCUCCACCCUGGGCUGCUGGCCUAUUGGGGGUAGGGUUCCCGAGGCGCGAGGCGCACGUGGCGCCAAGGCCCUGGCGACUCCCGACGCCGAGAGGGGGGCGGCACGGGGAGCUGGCCAGGGCCCCCGCCGGCGUGGGGCUCUCACUUCCCCUUGCCAACGGACGCGGGCGCAGGUGCCCAGGCCGGGCCCCGCAGGCGGGGCGGGCGCUGCGGACACGCCCUCGCCGUCAGUCCUCGCUGGCGGCCGGGAGGAAGCGCCGGAGCCGCGGCCGGUCCUGCGCCAGCGCCGCGCCCCUCCCGCCCCGCGCCCAGGGACUCGCCGGGCGCCGGCUCCGGGCAGCCGCACGCGGCGAGGAGGGGAUGCGACUGCGGCCCACGGCAUGGCAGCCUCAGGGGUGCUGGGAGGAUGCGACAUCCUCAUCGUCUACAGCCCGGAUGCCAAGGAAUGGUGCCAGUACCUCCAGGACCUUUUCCUGUCCAGCCGGCAGAUCCGCAGGCAGAAGAUGCUGACGCACAGGCUGGGCCCCGAGGCCUGCUUCUCCGCCGAGGACCUGCACCUCUUCCUCAGCGCCCGCUGCGUGGUGGUGCUGCUGUCAGCGGAGCUGGUGCUGCAGCUGCGGCGGCCGGCCCUGCUGCCCCCAUUGCAGAGGGCCUUCCAGCCUGCGCACCGCGUGGUGAGGCUGCUCUGCGGCGUGCAGGACAGCCCUGAGUUUCUGAACUACUUUCCAGAUUGGGCCCACUGGCAGGAGCUUACCUGUGACGACGAGCCCGAGACCUACGUGGCGGCCGUGAGGAAGGCCAUUUCUGAAG